AUGAGUCCGCAUAAAUUCUUAGAUUGCACCAUAUCCAGUUUCUCUAAAAUAGGCAACUUCAAAGAAGGGGAAAACUGCGGCAAAUUUAGAUUUCAGCCCAAUUCAGAGUAUACAACCACCGGGUGCUUUCAAGUCACAUUGGAUGAGAAACUAGACGUACUACUUCCUGGAACCCAACUAAAAGUAGUGGUUGAAAUACCAACGACCAGUCUGGUGCCAUUCUCUGAAGACAUCAUCUGCAAAAAUAUGAGAAUGAUAAGAUGUUUUAGUUUAAAAGAAACCAUCAAGGAGAUGUACUACUACUUAAACAAUUCCACGGAGGUUAUAGAAAAAAUAAGGGAUAGAAAUUUCACUUGGAAAAAUGUCUAUAUUCGAAGAUUUUUGGGAGUCAUGGCAAGACAGAUGUCCCAUAUGGCAAGAAACAUUGCAGUAAGAUUGCUGAAUAGUGUCCGAUCAAAUUGGCACUACAUUUGCUUUAUCUACUGCUUUUGCAAUGCUGACCCAGGCAAUUCAACCUUUGGGCCGCUAUCAUAUAUAUUACCAGAGGGAACAAUCAUAGAUAUGUCUGCGGACCAUGGAGUAUUUAUGUAUAGCUCUGAACACAACAGUUAUCUGCUGUAUGGAACAAAAGUAGGAAAAGGUCUACACAAGAUUAGUAAAUCUGAACUCUUAAAAGGUAUGCUAGAAGGAUACAAGAUCAUCCAUCCAGCAAUAGAGGCAAAUAAACUGGUGGGAUUGAGAUUUCUUGAAUCGAACAGUUCCCAAUUAAACGAGGGGGAAGUAAGAAACGCAUACAUAGGGGGUGUGCUGUAUACUUUUGUCAAGGAUUCAUCAAUAACGUAUGGGAUGAGCGCCACAGUCAACCGCCAUCUUGAGGAAACAAUUAGAAGGAUUGAAAAGCAAGGGAAGAAAGUCAUAUUAGGGAAAAGAUGGCUCGACACAGAGGAGUUAGAUUAUGAUCACCUUUCACCCGAGAAGAAAAAGAAAAGAGGAAGAUGGAAGAAGAAAGCGUAA